GGCGCUUUAUGGAUUCAGUUACUAGGAUCUAGCUUACGAGAGAGAACAGAUAUUUGGGCGGAACUUUGAUUAUCCAGUAUUUAGGUCGGAUUAGAGGACGUACGACGGUUAAACCAAACGUUUUGUAAUAAGUUUAGUCUGAACGCCAAAACUAGUACAGUGGUUUGAGGGUUUGAUUUGCUCAAAUAUUCUGUUUUCCUGUGUUAUUAGAAGUGUGACGGUACUACCUUUAGAGCUAUUAUUCUUCAAGAUGUCUUUAACAGACAGACCUUUGCCGAUGACUCAACUAAGUGUAGCUAUGGUUCAAGACCUUGGGAAAAUGUAUGAAAAUAACGCGGCUCACGAGAAAAACGAUUUGGACACAGUAUGGCAAAGCAUGUACUCCAAAGGUCUCCACAGGAAAGUCAGCUCGCAGUGUUAUUACUCGCCUGAAGAUAUUGAAGAAGCCCAAAACAAGUACGAAGAAGAAAAGAAACAAGGAGAAGAAGAAAAGAAACAAGAUGAAGAAGAAAAGGCCAAGGAAGAACCCGAAGAACAAAAGCAAACUAAUAAGAAUGAAGAAGAGAAUAAAGCUACGAAAUCCCCCAGAGACGAGACGGAAGAAAGCCUGUUUGAUGCCCCGAGAAACUUUGCAAGUGUCCAUCUAGACCGAGCUCUGAAUUCAGGCAGAGCUCACCUGCACGACGAAGGGCGAAGUUACAGAAAAAGAACAUUUUCGGGAAGUCUUUCAGGAGGUGAACAUUAGUCAAGAGCUUUUACUUUCUCAAAUGAAGUUUUGAAUCAACGGACCCUGGAGUCAUUGAAAGACGAUACACUAUUGAUUGAUAAUCAAAUACCAUGUGUGUGUUGGAUUGAACACCUACAUCGAUCGCCUCGAUCCUUGAACUGGAGGAAGUCUCAAAAACACAUGAAAAAAUCCAUGUAAAUAUCUAGAUAGCUGAUCUAAGUUAAGCGUUUUCCGUGCAAAACAAAACACUUGUGUUUACGCUUGAAAACGUUUUUUUCUGAUUUUAUCCUAGCCACGUUUCAGCUGUAUUAUAAUAACUACACGUGUAGAAAAAAAUCAAGAAAAAAAAUCGUAGGGUUUCUAAAACCUAAAAUAUUGAUCUUGAGCUUCAUUCAUUGAUUAUAUAAUUUAUUUCGUGAUUUUAAUUUUUUCUUUUCGUGUCUGUGAAUUAAGCGUUGUUUUCAUUCAUUCGUUCAGUGUUUGUUUACAUGCUGAUGUUGUAAUUUUGAUUGGCUGAGAGUAAAGCCAUUGCAGUGCUACGUGACCAAAGAUACAAUAGAAAACUAACAACAGAUGACAAGCCGUUGCAUUAAUACAAUUUCUGGAUUCUAAAAGUACAUUAUAUAAAUUAUAUUUAAAAUCUAUAGAUUUUAUUUCUGAAUUAUUGUUCCUGACAAUCAUUUGCACAAAGAAUAGAAUUAAAUGAUCUGAAAAAUAAA